CCAUUAAACAACUUGAGACCAAAUAGCUCAACGUUGGUUCUGUGAAUAAGAGAUGUUGACGAUGGCUGCGAAGCUUCGGAAAUGGCGAAACCUGUCGACUCGUAUAGAUCUGAUGCUUCGGAGCGACGCUGUAUCAACAAGACGGUUUCUCCACGAAGGCCCGGACACCAUGGAGGAGCUCCUCGAUAGACACCUAGCGAAGAAAGAGAAACCGCUAAUCAACGACGAGGAGGCGGAGUAUCUGAACAGAGAGCGUCUGACGAGCACGCGCCGAGAGGCGCUGAGUUUAUACCGGGACAUAUUACGCGCGACUAGGUUCUACACGUGGACGGAUUCAAGGGGAGUCCUGUGGAGAGACGUGCUGAGAGAGAACGCAAGGAAGGAGUUCGAGGCGGCGCGGUUCGAGACGGAUCCGGAGGUCAUCACGCGGCUGCUGAUCGGUGGAAGCGACGCCGUUUCGUCUGCUUUAGAUAGGCUCGCGGAGAAGCAGAGAGAGAUGAUUGAGAAGAGAAACAGAGACGAUCAACCGUGAUUCGUCGGAAACGACAAAGUUUAUAACAUAGUUUGAAUGUUGUACUUUGAAAAGAAUGUUUUGUCCUUUUGUCAUACAACUGUACGAAUACAAGUAACAAAAAAGCAGUUACUAAACCAGCUCUUCUCCUAAGUUCUGAAUGGAGAAUAUAAUAAGAUAUAAUUCAAGAUUCUACUUCAGA